AUGAACUCUUUCUCUCCUCGAGAUUUCCAGGAGUGGGUAGAUCGACGUCAAAGCACCAUAUCUGCCUCCACCGUGUCGUCUGCGUCAACGAGUAUCCUCUUCCCGAGCCCUGCGACAUCUCCAGGGUCCAGCUCGAGGAAGCAAUCCUGGCAGUUCUACGAUGAUGUCGUGCGGCUCGAGCUGACUCCUUCCGUGCAAAUUUCCUUUGUCAAAAAUGGCCAGCUAUUCAAGCUGAAAUACAAAUUCAUUGAUAUCUGCAAGGACUCAACGGGCGCAUUGAGAUGUCUCGAACUCGGGGGAGGACUAGGCCAGCAAACACCUUUUGUCCACGCCUUCUCCAAUACAAAACUGCCAGUUCCUCACCUAGAGCACCCCAAAUCAGGCGACGAUUACCCUCUUCGCGUGUCCUUUAUGGAUCAGCAAACGGUCCAAACGGCAAACACGAUAUUUAUGACGCAGCUAUCAUAUAAAUUUGAUCACUGGGAUGAUUGUGUACGAUUCCAAGAACUCCUGCUCGGCUCCAAGUUGGUGUUUAUCGGCGGAAUGGCCGAGGCCAAGUCCAAAGGCCGAGGUGAAGAGUGCAUCAGCCAAAAUCUUCGCAUCCUCCGUGGAUAUAACGGGAAACGUGUGAUGUUGUACUUUGCCAACUCGCAACGGAGGGAGCUCAAACGAUACGUUUCCAUCCCCUUAAACUGUAUUGCGGCAAUUAAACCUCCGAAGAAGGCCGGCCGGCCGGCCAUGAUUGAUCUAAAUCCGAACUUCGAUAUUCUAUCUCAAAUGAGAAAUUUUACGAUCCAGUUUCUUGACGAUGCUGACUGCGCAGCAUUUUGUCAGAUGUUAUCAUACGACCUGACUAUUGGGUGA